AUGCAAUAUAACCAUGCUUUUGACACUGUGCCUUGGGAGCGAGAUGUCCCAUUCCUGGGCUGUCUGCACGAUGAUGGGCAGACACUAGUGGCCAUAUUUGCUCAACUUGAAGAUAUUGUCGAGUAUCCCACUGCAAAAUCUUUCCACCUGCUUAUCUUUGGAAGAUACAAGGCUUUAUUUGGCCGAAGACAAUUUGGAGGUCUCACCUUUCGCUUCGGAAAGCACGCGAACCAGCUCAGGGACAACAACUCCAGUGAAGCAUACGAUGUCUCCGCCCCCGCCAGGGAUCAAGUGCACCGGCGACAUUUCGGGCCCCUGCGGCGGGGCUUCGGUGUUGAGCCCCUCGCAGUACCUCUCCUAGAGCAGCGCAGUACGCAAGAAGACUACCAUUGCCCUUCCUCAUCCUGCCGCGUCCAUAAGCAGCAGGAUCUCUGA